UGUUCCGCCGCCAUGGACUCUCUUUGCCUUACCUGUCGCCAUCAUCUCUUCCGUUUUGGAUGGACUAUUUUACCAACCACUCGAGUGUUUAAUUGAUAGUGCUAUCAUCAAAAUUCUAGGUGACUAUAAGAUUAAAUAGCGAACGGAAAUACGGAAAAUGGACCGCUGCUAUCACGACAGCUGGUAUAGGCAUAUGGCUAGACAAUGACCAUGAUUUCGAUACUUUAAUGGUGAUCACUUUAGUUGGUUCUGUCAUGCUCUUUUUGUUAUCUUUAUCUACCAACGUACAGGCUGCCGACCCAGAUCUUCUCGAUAUUCCUUCUCCUUCUCAUCAUAAUGCAGAUAUUGAACAAGAAAAUUCGCCCUUACUCGGUAAAAGUUACGACACAAAGUACCAUUCGCAUCUUUUCGAGCAACAAUACCAUCGUCCAUCAUUGCAGCAGCCGUAUCACUUACAAGAGGAACAACCACAGCAGCAAGCACUCAUCAUGAUGGAAACAGCAAACUCUUUAGUUCACCCACCCUAUUCCUAUAAACCUUAUAGUUUGUUUGGAGAGCAAUUAUCGCACAUCUCAGAAGAAGAUGCAAGUAUGUUGCAGCGUAUGGCGACAACCACAAAUAAUUCUGUAUCUAUUAUAAAUAACAACAACAACAAGUCUCUACCACGACCUAUAAGUUGUAAUGUUUCUACCUAUUCUCUUCGUCAUCAACAUCAUCCCUUGCAACAUCAACCCUCUUUUCAGCAGAUCCAUACCACAAACACGGCUACUACCCCUACGACAACUGCUUCUGCUGUUAGUAUUUUGCCGGAUUACGAGGACACUGCUUAUUAUAUACCUAUUUGUUCUAAUACAACAAACACAUCAACGACGACAACCAAUACGAAUUAUACUCCAGUGCCUUCACAACAAAAUGAUGAUCUUUUAUUUCUUGAUGGUGUGGAUGAUAACAAUGAUGAGGAUGAGGAUGAUGAUGAUGAUACUGUAUCUUUACCACCUUCCUUUGAACUCGCACGAUUACCAUUUCCACCCACAGUUUCUCCUAUGAUCGUCCUUAGUCUUUUACUAGGCUAUUCCACCAAUACCACCACUACUACUACGGCAUCUUCGAAACGGCGUCCACACCCUCAACUACAACACACGCUACAACACACAUCUAUAGAUGACUGUUUCAAUUAUCAACAACAGUCUCAUCCUAUGAACAAUAAUACAAACGUACAGCACCAUUACUAUCACCUUCAUCUUCCUUCCACUACCACGAAAUGGAUCACAAGAUCUUUUAUUGGGUCUAAUUUAUGCUUAGGCAUUGCCACAGGCUUGACUAGAUCGUUGCUGUUUUAUUAUUUGCAUAUUGUUCUGGAAUUUCCUAUGCAUCUAUUGGGCAUUAUCGGCUUUCUGACAGUGAUUGCAGAUCUCUUGGCAAGUCAUUUUGUUAUUAUGAUGUUCAACCAAAGAUUGCACCUCUCUGUGAUUGUCGGCUGUAUUCAUAUAUGCUUAAUCUUAUGUACACUCACUUAUACAUGGUUACAGCCUGCUCUCUUGUCCAGUCAAAUAAUCGUCUUAUGCUUGCAUUUCUCACAAAGUUUGGCAUUUAAUGUUAUCUGGCUGUUGAGUGCGCAUCAAGUCGACACUGUCAUACUAGCAGACCACACACGUUUACUUUUAAAGGGCGGCAUGGCAGCUGCUUACAGUAGCUUGGGCCCGGUGAUAGGUCUGUUGCUGGUCGGCUAUUUUGCAAGUGCCAAUGAGAAUGCCUUGGAAGGGUAUUCUUUGGUUUAUCAAUAUGCAGCUGGUUUUACUGUCAUAAGUGCUAUUUUAUCUUGGGAAUGGUCAACCAAUGAAUGAUGUCUCUAAUCACAUAUAAACAAAACUUUAUUCCCAAAAAAAAAUCAUCUACUUUUUUUCGUUUUCAACUAAAAGUACGCAUGAGGGUAGUCUCUAACAAUCAUCAUCUAUGGAUGAACGAAUAAAGCCCACCGUGUGUCAUGCCAUUUCGUUCAGAAUUAUUUAUUGAUAUGAAUCCUAGAACUUUGUUGCCGAGCGACUGUCCUAUGUGUAGUGCAGUCAAAUGUUACUGUAUGGCAUUAAAUGUAUAUACAUUGACUUUUUGACGGGGAUUGUGUAUUAAAAAAGUAGUUUUUAUGCAAAUGCAAAUGGUUGUGUGUGAUAGAAUUAGAGGGAGGGCGUCUGUGUGGAGAAGAUAGAAAAAGUACAU